AUGACUGAAAUCGAUUCAUCUGCUUGCCAUGGCCUGUGCAAUGCCAAUAAGCUCCAUCCUUUCCCUUGUUUAUGUCAUGAACAUACUGAGUACUUGCAAUAUUUUUCUUCAAAAGGGGGAAGCUAUGGAAGCUAUGAUGACUACAAUGAAUAUAAAGAUGGAUACGGCUUUGGGUCUGAUAGAUUUGGAAGAGACCUCAAUUACUGUUUUUCAGGAAUGUCUGAUCAUAGAUAUGGAGAUGGUGGGUCUACUUUCCAGAGAACAACAGACCAUUGUGUGCACAUGAGAGGAUUACCUUACAGAGUUACUGAAAAUGAUAUUUACAAUUUUUUCUCACCGUUCAACCCUGUUCGAGAACACAUUGAAAUUGGACCUGAUGGCAGAGUGACUGGAGAAGUAGAUGUUGAAUUUGCUACUCAUGAAGAUGCUGUGGCAGCUAUGUCAAAAGACAAAGCAAAUAUGCAGCACAGAUAUGUAAAACUCUUCUUGAAUUCUACAGCAGGAGCAAGCAGUGGUGCUUAUGGUAGCCAAAUGAUGGGAGGCAUGGGCUUGUCAAACCAGUCCAGUUACGGUGGUCCAGCUAGCCAGCAGCUGAGUGGGGGGUUAUUGUAAACCUCAAAAUUUCUU